AUGGACAUUGCUAUGAGGAACGCCCAGCCGAUCCGCCGCCAGGACCUCUACCACGACGGCGACUCGUCGGUCGACAAUGAAGGUUUUUCGGGUGCGGGAGCUGUUGGCGGUGAUGCUGCUGCGGCAGCUCGUGCUGCUCUGGAGGCGAUCAUGGCGCGCACGCUCGGGCUAGACUUUGGCUUGCUCACGACGCCGGCAGCAGCCACGCCGCCCGAAGCCGAGAGUCCCGACGAGAGCGGAGAUGUGGCCAUGGAGGAGACGUCGAAAGAGGCAGAGAAACCAGCUUCAGCGGCCGACGGCGGCGUCGAAUUCGCCUUCCGGCUGUUUUCGUCGAGCGGGAAAGCGGCGGCCGUGUCGGAGCCGGCCGUCCCGACAGUGGUUCUCUACGACGAUAUCGUCCUCACGGGCGACGGUCUCGAUACUGCGACUGGGCCCGGCGGCCUGGCCAGCGCGCCGCGGCCGCUGAGCGCCUACGUGGCCAGCGAGCCGACGGCAGCCGAGCUCGCGCGCUACGCCCAGACGGCCGUCACGGGCGAGACCAUCGCAGCCCAGGCGGCAGCCGGACAGCGCAACGCGUGGGGGCUGGAGGUACCGUGGCGGGCGCGCACGACCGUGCGGGUGUCCCAGAGCGAGCUGCGCGCGCUGCUGGCCAGCGCGCUGCCGGACGAGACGAAAACGCCCCUGCCACAGCUGGCCGCACAGGCCGCCAACAAGCUGCCUCCAUGGGCCCUGUUGUCCACAUCAUCCGUGGCUUCAUCAUCGAUCCCACUUGCCGAAUGUGUGGCCUCGCGCAAGCGACGCCCCGGAAAGAAGCGCCGGAUCGUGCUGCGACAGCGCGAAAAGGCGCGGCUCGAGAAGGAGGCGGUAGCUAAGCUGCAGCACAAGUCCAAGGAAGAACACCUGCUGGAGAAGAAAAAACGGCUUAACCGGCUCAAGAAGCUGCGGCGGCGCGAGAAAAAGCGGGAGGAGCACAAGGCGGGCGGCAGCCAGGGCGCCGACGACGGCAACAAUUCCGACAACUCCGACGGUACAGACACAUGA